AGUCCACCAGGUACCAGCGGAUGCGAAGUAAAGUGCCAUUGGGCGGGGUAACUCCGCGGCGAUACACUUACCGCUUUCACGGACCACAAUUUUUGGCUGAUUGCCCCAAUAUAUCGAGCUGGCCUAUAAAUGUAGGCUACUGGACCCAUCCAGGUCAUGCUGCAACUCUUGUCUAUAAUCAAUGUCGCUCCCAUCAUGCACUCCCAAGUUUCGAGUAGCAAUCUGCGGUGCAGGGAUAGGAGGGCUUGCCCUCGCUGUCACAAUUGGGAAGUUUGCAGGUCACGAUAUCCACAUAGACUUGUACGAAACUCAUGACGCCAUCACAACUGCUGGGGCUGGGAUUGUAGUCUCGCAGCGAACGUUGGAGGUCAUAAAAGAACUUGACAUGUACGAGGAUAUCUCCCGUGCUUCGACCAAACCCCCUUCCUCCAGCCAAGGGACAACAUACAGGAGGUCUAAUGCCCUACAGGGUGGUGUCGAAUGGUUCCAUAUGAUGAAACACGCAUCACCCUAUAUGCACCGCCAGCAUCUCGUAGACAUUCUCAGGCAACACCUCCCCUCGUCAUGCAGGCUCCACCUUAAGAAACGCCUCACUCGAUAUGACAAGCAGUUAUCAGGAUCACUCAUCCUUCACUUCGCUGACGACAGCACCGCAACUACGGAUUUGUUGAUAGGGGCAGAUGGCAUCCGCUCAUCAGUGCGGAAGACGCUUUUCGAAACAUUAAACCGAGACGUCGUAGACCCAAGUAAGAUAAGACACUACGUUGAUCCAUCCUGGACCGGAACGCUCGUCUAUCGCACUGUCAUACCAGCGAAGAAGCUUUCGGAGAUAGAUCCCAACAACUUGGCCUUGAAGGAUUUCAUUGUGUUCUGCGGGAAGGGAAAGAGCGUCGUCUCGUAUCCGGUUUCACAAGGAACAAUGAUCAAUGUGGUAGCCCUUGUUGCUGAUGAACAGAAAGCUGGCACACCCUUCGAGGGCCAUUGGGUUUCAGAUGUGUCCCCUGAAGAGGUCCAGGAGCCAUAUCAGGAUUUCGAACCUGAUGUUAGAAACCUGUUGAAAUGUGUCGAAAAUCCUUCAAGAUGGGCGCUUCAUGUAGUAAAUGAAUUGCCAUUAUCCACUUGCGACAGAGUUGCCCUGAUAGGUGAUGCGUGCCAUGCCAUGACACCCAACUUUGCCGCAGGAGCUGGUCAAGCAAUGGAGGAUGCUUUUGUGCUUGGCCGCCUUCUUGCCCACCCACUCGCAACAUUGGAUAACGUGCCCGCGGCGCUGAAAGCAUACCAGGACGUUCGCCUACCAUUCAGUCAAUUCGUAGCACGUGAAUCACGACGUACAGGACGUAUGAUCGUUGACCCGCCUAGUACCGAUCGAGAAAAUGCACAAGCAGAGUUGGAGAUUUUAAAAGAGAAGAUCCUAGCCCAGUUGCAAUGGGAAGACAAGGAUGAUGCCGUUGGCGAAUGGUUAGAAGCAGAAAGGAAACUGCAGGAAAGCGUAGGUGUGACGAAUGGGCAAACGUCGUGAAAACGGUGUACCAUUGUCGCCCAGGUUGUAACCCAGUGCCCUAAACCUCCAUGCACACGUACAAUGACUAUGCGCAUGAUUGCUGCAGGCGCG